CUGCAAGAUGUCGGUUCCUCGCGCGCGGUUGCUGGACUUGCUGAAGGCCCGAUGCGAGCUCUUCUCGACAACGUUCAACCCCGAGGGCAUCCGAACCGGCAACAAAAUCAUGCGGCAGCGACUCAAAGGGCCUGCUCUUGCGUCCUACUACCCAAGAAAACUCAUGACAUUCCGCGAUUUCCAAAAGGAGUUCGAGCCUCUCGGCUUGGAGAUUGAUAAUGAGGAUGAAAUCGACCGGCUAGACCAUAUUUCAGAACUGAAAGCCCGCGGGAAAGGCGCCCCGAAGAAGAAAAAGGGGCCGCCGGCGCCAGAUCCAAGGAGGAGAAAGUGAUGUUAGGCUCCAGGAGCCAUGUAUGCGAUAUGGAUUGUACUUUUAUAGAUUAUGGGUAAAAAACUUUAUAGAUUCCCCGUCUUCUACUUUUCUGCUUCGUUCGAUUCCGAGUCCCGUUCUCUACUACUCCUCUAUUGUACGAAGGUCUAUCUCCGCCGCCCAGCGGACUACAUAGAACCGUUUCCUCUUAUAGGGCUACUGUCUUAUGACUCCAUUACACAGUGCUUGCUAGAAAAGGGGUAAUUUGCAGAACUUCGAGUCGUAUCUGGACGACGACAACCCCAAUCCACGAUCAUCCUGGUCCGUAUUAUCCCCUCUUUGAUGCCGCCUCUAUUUGCUAAGCGGUAAAACAGCGUUUGUCCAUUGUCCUUCCAGCUCUUUAGAUUGGAUAUAAAGCAGAUAGUUUCGUAUAUUCUUUAGCCCCAAACUUGAC